AUGAAUUUUUGUGGAGAACUUUCUUCUGAACAAGAAAAAUCGCCGGAGAAAAUGGAACCACCAAAAUUUACACCACGUAAGAAGAAACGUUCUGAUGAACCUCUUCUUGAAAAUGCAUUAGCUAGUUUGGAUGAAAUGGCUGGGAAAAUAAAAAAUGAAGACGCUUGUGAUAAAUUUGGAAAAUAUGUCUCUUCACAGUUACGCGAACUACCAUUACGUCGAAGAAUUCUCUUACAGCAGGAGAUGCAAACUGCUAUUACUAAUUCAAUUCUACGCAAUAUUUCAUCAGAUGAUAUUCCAACACAGUUAAUUCAACAUCCAUUUACAUCACCAAAUACAAUUGUAACUUCAAACUCAUCGAACAUUUCUGAAGAAAGUCAAGCGGCUUCAACACAUUCCGAUUAUAGUUCAACUGAUGAAACAAUCGAUGUUAUUAAAAAAGCUAUGGACAAUACAUUCGACGAUUUUGUAUUCGAUUACAUCAAAUAUAGGUAUAAUAGAUCGUACUACUGUAUUCAAUUCCUAAUAAUUUUUUAUAAUUUUACAAUUAAUCUUAUAUAA